AGUUGCUCGUUUCUCAACUUCUUUUCGUUCAUCAUCGUUCUAAUUCUAAUUAUUAAUCUUUUAGACGGAAGUCGAAAUAUCUAAUAAACUUGGAGUUCUAUCAACUCAAUAAUCUUUACUUAUGAAUUCCCCCUUUCGAAUUUAAAAUACGCUAUACUUGGCUUGCAUAUCGAGACGCCUACACACUUAGAUUGGGAUAUAGACAACACUCUUCGUUUCCACCCUGUCCCACCUAAUAUACUACCUUCGGCUUUUCGAUUUUACGAUUUCUACCUUACCAUUCGUUGCUUAUAGCUUCAGGUGUGCUCCACAUCGCUGCUGGCUGGGUUAGCUGCAUCUCCCUUGCAACGCUUUCCCGUCUUCUCGAUCAGUAUUCGUGCAUACUGCUAUCACCAGAGCCAGUUGUGUUCUGAGUCACUCAAACUCGACUACCUAGUCGUUUUAACGUCCCAUUCCACCUUAUCUGAUAAUUUAUCACGGACCAGUAGCUCCUGGAGAUAUGCACGUCCUACCAUUUGUCCAAGUCAAAGACCUAGCCCCCUCGGCUUCGUUCUACGCCGCUGUGGCUCAACCCCUCGGUCUCCGUUAUAUAUCUUCCACUCCCACCUCAAUAGUGUUUGGCGAUAUUUCUUCAUCUUCCCCCGAACCGGUCUUCGAAGUGAAGCAGAAUACCAACCCGGACUCACAAUUUGCGCAACCUUGUCGCCUAGUCCUUUCGGCGAGAUCACCCUCGGCCGUUGCUGCUUUUCACGGAGCUGCCUUGCGUUCGAACCCUAAACUAAAGGACGGCAACCACAGCGUCAACUAUCUACGCAUACAGAACUCGGAUCCAGACGAAGAGAGCCGCGCUAUCAUCGGCGAUUUUGACGGAAACAUCAUGGAGGUCGUCCAUGCUAAUUCUUCCAAGAAAUACGCCCCGAGCCGUGCGGGCUCGACGGCAAGCCGGUCUCAAUCCUCCUCUACCCAGGAAACCAGCCGUGUCCUUGACUGGACUCUAGACGUUGGCGCUCCCUUGGUUCCCCUACCACGGUCUAUCGCCGGAUCUAGUGGGCCUAGCACCACGGUGGGCAGCCGCGCCUCCAGCGGCGAGUCCUAUACCGUGGCGCGACAAAGUUUUACGACAUCAUCAACCAUCGAAACUCCAUCUGAGGAGGCCCCAAAAGGAUUGAAUACUACCACCGUCCUGGGUGCCGUCUUCGGUCUGGCGGUGGGCGCUGCUGUCGGUGGCGCGCUAACCUAUAACUCAAUGAAGAACAAGCAAGAACAAGAGCAAGAGCCUAUGGCGUUCCAGGGUCAUGAUAUGCCACCCUUUACCAGACGGUCCACAUACCCAGACCAAUCUCCGGACCGGCCCCGGUACUAUCCCCCCAGCAGCUACAAUGGUGGCCACUCUCAGGCCGGCAGUCCGCGAGGCAGAGCGAUCGAAGACAUGGACGACCGCGCUAGUCGUUACUCAAGUCACUACACUACCGGAAGUCGGUCGCGCGGCCGCAGCGAGGUAUCCUCGUCUAGACGCCCGUUGAUGAUCGACGAGCAUGAGCACAGAAGUGGUACCGAAUCGAAACACGGCGAGAGGCGACCAAUGGAAUCAGAGUAUCGCAGUAACACAGGCCGUUCCAGACACGCCCCCGCCCCCGACUCCCGCAGCCACGCGAGUUCGCGGCACUCGCCCGACUCGGAGUCAGACUGGCGCACGUACGUCAGUUCCAAGCACACACCUACGUCGUCGCGGCCGCGCGAGGCAGAGACCGAGACGUAUGUCUCGGCUCGCACUGAUAAAUCAGCUGGCACAAUUCGCGGCACACGGACCUCGCCCCCGCGACCUCAGUCUAAAGCCGGAACUCGGUAUUCGGUUAAAGGGUCUGGGGGCAAUCGAUCACGGAGUGUGAGACGCCCGGAGAGCCACGCUGGUAGCGGUUAUGUAGUCUGGGAUGAUGAUGAUGCGGGGAGUGUGGCGCCGAGUGAUAGUAUUAGUAAUAUUGGGAGUCGGCAUGGGAGACGGUCGCAGUAUGUUUGAGCGGUUGCCUCCAUCAAGCGUACUUUCAGUAUAGUCUUGAGAUCCAACGUCUUUUAUAGGCGUUCUUGAGAAGCAGCUCAACACUAAGACGACAACGCUCGUACACGGUUUUUCUUUCUUCCUUUAUUUUAUUGUUAUUUCCUUAUAAGAAUCUCUGGUCAGGAUAGAACUACUUUUCAAGAUUAUUUGGCAUGGGAGGUCUGAGGAUACGGUGUGGGCUACAAGCAAUGGGACUGAGGCAAGGAACGGAUAUGGAUAUAGGGGUCAGCUGGAAUAGGAAUAUAUCUAGGCCUAUAUAAACAUAAUUUGAUUUCGACUUCAUCUAUACACUUCUCAAC